AUGGUGGCUUGUUCCCCGUCAGUCAUUAGGCCCUCAGCCUUCGAUCUCGAAGACUUUGGAGGGUUGGAAAGCUGGCUGGUCUACGAGUUCGUUCAGGACUCUUGCAACCAGGCGAUUUAGUGAGCCGUACCUGUCUCAAAAUUCUCCUAACCUUGUCUGUUAUGAAGAACACAGUGCUAAUUAUAUUGCUAGAUGUGGUAAUUAUGGAAACUUUUACAUCGGGAGUCGGCUCCUCGGCAUACAUGGGCGUGAAGAAAUCUCAUAAGAGGUUCGUCUUGCUAGAUUUAUCACGCACAUCAUCUCUCUAGUAAUCCUUUAGACACCGAAUGUGGGACCGGCUGCGUUUUGCCCCAUUCAAACCAAAGAACUCCUUUGAAUUUUCCGGUAUUCCUCUGACUAUUUGUGACUCAUAUACUGCUCGUUUCCUCAGCAUAAGCCGGUAUAUAGUUCGUAGAUUUUUUAAUCGAAGAAAUGUUCUGAUUUUGGCGCCGGGCGUAAUUUUUCCAGUCUCCUCUUCAUAACAAUGGUAAUAGUAAUUGCAUUUAAUGCCAGUUUACAGUCACUGUCAUAGAAAAAUUAAGCACUGAUUGGGCUAACAGUGAAAAAAAUCCUUAUCAUUAAAUAUUGCGAAUGGUGUUUUUGUAGUUUGGAUGGUUCCGGAGAAGAGAACUGCUGCCCAUGAAAUGACGUCGGUCGGAUAGUUAAAACUGCUUCGGAUAUUUUCAGUUUCAGUUCUUUCACAUGAAAUUGAUACUGGACUAGACAGAGGCAUUAAAAAACCGUUGUUCGCUGGCCGGCUGAAGAGAGUGUCCGUGGUGAGACAGGCCAGGAGAUUAGAGACCACGCACCUUGGCUUACCACCCACCCCCUGGUCCACUUUAAACACUUAGCCAGGAUUUUUACCAACAAAAGCACAACAACGGGUCAGAAAGGGGAGGAGGAUCAGGUAACCAUGCUCACGACCUGCAUAACCAGGGGGCGCGAGCGCAUCUACUGGCAGGAAACCAGAUGUCAGGGGACGGCCAGCGCAUUCAAGGCUGUUAGGGCCAUGGUUUGCUGCUCCUGACAUAGCAGAAGUUUACAGGCCUUUAGGCCCAGAAGGGUAACUCAUGACCCUGCAUUCGCCUGGGCCGUCACCCUACAAGGUUGGGUAACCUAACAGUCUUUGACUUAGAGCCACUGCUUACAUGCGUGUGAGAGUGUCAGAUGUCACGUUAAGAAGGAGUCGUGACGACCAGACUCCCAGCCCGCCAGUCCGCCACCCCACACAAACACAUACACGACUGGGCUGACUGGGUGGACCGAGUUGAGGCACCAUUUGACAGCUUUCCAAGCCAUGACAUUUGGCGCAUCGUGAUAGUCUCAGCCUCGGAUUACACAUGCAGCUGAGGAGCUACAUACGAAGGAGCCGAGAAGCACACUUCCCACUUGCGUGGGAGGUGUUAUUUGGAUGCCUGUGAUGAGUGAUGGUGUUAGGAGGCGCCGGUGCUGGUGGAAAAGUUCCGAUGGUAUGGUGUAGCCGGCGGUUGUCCACUGCAGAUCUUCGUGAAUUCGCAUUGGUCCUAAGAGGCUCAUGCGGCUAGUGAAUAAGUGGGUGCAGUGAGGACAGUCGAGACGGAUGCGGUGAGUGUAGAUUUAUGCUUCAGGCACAGGUUCGCCAACCUCCGUGCGCUGGGUUCGCAAUUGACUGACCAGUACGAUACGUGAGGUGAAUGGACGAUCGCAAUGAGGACAGGCGCGAACCGAGUCCAAGUCAACAGAGGAGAUGGUGGUGAUUUAUGAAGUUGCUGAGGCGUCAGACGUCGUCCCAUCGGCCGGGGGAGUGCGUGGAGAUAUUGUUGAUGUUCGCUGCUGCGAUCGACGCGGCGGUUUGGGCAGGGCUUGAGGGUGCUCACCGAUCGUCCUUACGGAACUUACUUGUUCCGUUGUGCCUUACGGACUCUCUCUCGAGCCCAACCAGCAGCCGCACAGCAGCGCAUGAUAUAGGCAGGAUGUCAUUACCGACAAAAAUAAGGAAUGGCCAUUUCUGGCUUAUUAGCCGUCGUCAGCUAGUAUCACCCAACCCCGAAGUUUGGAACACCUGGGGUUCGCUGAGCAACUGCUGGUUGGGCUAGAAAGAGCCCGUAAGGCACAACGAAACUAGUGAGUUCCGUAAGAACGAUCGAUGAGCGUCCCUCUACCACUGUAUAUUCGCGAUCGAAACCGCGUCGCUUGAAUUCGAUCAGAAUUUACUCGUAUCCCUGAGUUUUGAUAUUUCGGUCAUCCACCUAGUUUAGAAGUUUGGCCUUGUAAAAAUAAGCCGAGAAUUUAGCUUAGAAGUGUAAUUAAUCUUCGUUUUGGCGGAUCACAUCAUCCGCGAUACCUUCCGUGAUACCUUCUUCCUUCAGUGAGGCACACAAGCCUGAGAAUAUCGUUAUAUGGAGUUUAACGAAGUAUCUGGCUUGGUUUUGCUCGCAUUCCUACGAAGAUAUACUCUAAAUAGUUUCCAAAGUCAGCCUUCCGUAAGCAAGGUGGUCGAAAACCAACAGAAGACGAAGAUUAUUAAAAAGCUGCCUGCGAAUGCUAAGUCGUACUUUGUUUCAAAUUGACAUUUCAUACGGACUUUCGUUUGGAUAAAGCCUUGCUUUGUGCUCAGUGGACUAGCCAUUAACCAGUUUAAGCUGCACGUUAUAAUUUAAUGCAAUCACGAAGAUAUCUUGCUAGCAUGGGAAAUACAAAUGUUCGCGACCCUAUUAUGUGCGACAGAUGUUGGACGCCGCGAAAGGGAUUCGAAUCAGGAACCUCCCGAGCGAGAACCGACGCUCGUAACCACUCGACCACGCCCGGACAGCCGGCUGAAAAAAGAAAUAAUAUAUACUUAGGAAACAACGACAUGUCCCUCCUUUGUAGACCGUUUUCCAUUCAUUGUGAUAAAAAUCGGCGGGAGAUACUCGAUUCGCUCUCAACUGGGCACGAUGGACCAGUGACUACCAAUCCUGAAAAACGCGGUGCGCUAUUGAAAUCGAACACAGAUAUGUUAAAUACUGGAAUGUCGACACGCUGUGAUGGAUGCCGGGAACUAACCACCAGAGUUUCGAGAUUAGAUGUAGACGUCGAUCUCCUCACAGAAAUAAUAGCAUCACUCCUCAAGCAUAACAAAGUUAAACUUCCAGAACAUAAUGCAAAAGAUAUGAAAAACGUCAAUAAACAGGACCACAGGCAGCUCAAGGGACCGGGGAAUGCGAUGGGCCUCACGUACAGUGAAACAAGAAGAGGCAACGAACGAAGUCGUUCGACAAAUCUUCUGAUUCAAUUAAAAUAGAGGGGAACAAAAAGAAAACAGCCUGAGAUGAAAUUGGCUGUCGCAUUUCCCUAAGUUUGGGAAAUCCGGGGCAUACAGAGUCCGUCAGCACCAAAAUAAGGCAGCGAUCGACGACACCAAGAAAAAUUGUAGACAGUAAUCGUGUGGAUUUACCUAAACCACGAGAGAGCGCUAGCAGUUUUCUCUAUGCCUGCCCAUUGGACUGUGAUGCAAAAAGUCAUGUGGGGCGGCAAAGCAAAGCCGCAAAGGCGUUCGUCACAGAAGUGCGCAACAUGACGACAGACCUGGACGCCAUAAGGCUAGGAACGCACCAGCCGGGCGCUAGUCGAACAGACGGAAUUUUAGAAGAAGUAGCUACGGUUGAAAGAUCCAACGCGAUUUUUGAGAAACAACCACUGAACUCUCCGCCUGAGAGCAGUGUAAGCACAAUACUUAAGGUAGACCCGAUGUCCGUGAUUCAAACCACCAUAAAUAGAACAAAGCAAGAUAAAGAGACAUGUUUUUUGUCCGGAAAUAUCGCUUUGUGUGGUAGGUCAGGGAGUCCGUGAGGCUACUGGCGAGAUCCCAAAGAUGAGGGUGAAGCAGGACCUUUUGAGGUCCUAAAAUUUAUUAACUGACAUUUAAGAACACGAUGAGGUGGAUGAAAUACAAACAGUCUUCCGUUUGAGGCCUGGAGUUAGAGACAACACAGAGGAGAUGCGACCAGGACCACUCAAAUUCGACUUGAAAAACAAACAGCAGGCAGAUCUAAUCUUGUCUAGAAAAUACAAGCUACGAAUCAACAGCCGUGGAAUGUUUUUUCAGCCACACCGCUCUACCAUCGAGCGAAUAAAUAGAAGAAGGCUGAUAACCUAGCUGAAAAGUCGUCCGAUUGAGAAAGGAAAAGUCUACAGAUUUUAGACAACGAAAAUAUAAAAGCGAAGCGCAAGUUUCUGUGGAAUCAUCCGUCAAAACUGAAGGUUACAACACCAGUCAUCAGUUCCAUCCAACACUUGUAAAUUUGAAAACAGACAGUGGACAGGAUAUGUCGUGCAAAAUGUACAGCAAUCAUUGUCAGGCGCAAGAAGCAAUAGACAAUUCCCAGAGACCGAGAGAACCAGAAAAUAUGAUAAUGAUAAACACAAAUGUACAGUGUCUCUUCAACAAAAUGGAUGCUGUUAAACUGAUCGUUGCCCAUUCGAAAUCUGACGUUAUAGCCCUAACUGAAACAUGGUUAAGUAAGCAGAUAACAGACACAGAAUUCAUGCUGGACAGAUUUCAGUUUAUCCGCACGGAUCGAAAUGGGUGCGAGGAUAAGGAAGUCGUGAUGGUCAUACGGACGGUAUUAGCUACGUUACGGAUGGGUCCCCAUCAAAAGGGAACAUUGGCUGUGAAAUCCUUAGUUGCAAAUUGAAGGUCCCAAACCAACCUAACCUCCGUGUUGCUCUGGUAUACAGACCCCCAGGACAGUGGAAGGACACGGACGGUGAACUCAUCAUAGAGUUAAAACAAAUCAGCCGUAGCAAACACGUAAUAAUACUCGGGGAUUUCAAUUCUCCGGACAUCGAUUGGAAAUGGAUGAACUGCACGCUAUCGGAAAACUCAUUCGAACAGAAGCUACUCCAGUUGAUCAGUGACGGAUUCCGCACUCAUAUGUUACAAUAAACACCCGAUUCCGAAGUGAACAGCAGUAAAGCUGUUCGGACCUCGUCCUUACUAGGGAUGAAAACUGUGUCUUUGGACAGACCAUUGCCAUGCCAAUGGGCCGAACUGAUCAUUGCGUUCUUCUUUGGGAGUACAGUCACUUUUCUGUAUUCGAAAUUCGAACCGAAAGGGUGACAAAUGUAUGGAAAGGAUAUUAUUCUAAAAUAAAAUAACUGCUGACUGAGAUAGAAUGGAACUCUGCGCAUGAGUUUUUUUUCAAGAACGUGACCUGGUACUUGGUAGAAAACUGCUGCCCGCUGAAAAGGGGAUCGUGCGUCUCCCGACCACAGUGGGUGACAUCAGAAAGAAAGAGAAAUCUCAAAAGGAAACGGAGGCUGUAGAAGAGAUACGCCACAUUUCAACAGUCCGAAUAUCUCUCGGAAUUCAAGAAAAAGCAAAAUAUGUGUUGAAGUCUCCUGAGAAGAGAAAGAGCAGCAUUUGAGUCAAAAAUAGUCAGAGGAAUAUCGAAAAAUACGAAGAAAUUCUUCUCUUACGUGAAUAGAGCAAAAUAUAAUCGGGACUCCAUUCCUUAUCUCAAGAAUAAUCGGGAAACUAAGUUAACCGAUAACUCAAAUAAGACGAAACUCUUACCCGAUUUCCUUAUGUCCGUGUAUACCGAGGAGCCACCCUUUGAUGAGAAAGUACACCGGCAGACUGUCCCAUCUGGAAAUACAAUUAAAACAGUAACGUCCACAGCAGACGCAGCAAAGAAAACUCUGAGACGGGUGCUGCCAACUAAAUUGCCGGGUCUGCAUGCUAUAUCCGCAAAAGAUCUCUAUGAACUCUCAGAUCAGCUAGCCUCCCCACUCUCCAAGAUCUUCGAAAGUUCCAUGGAAGCAGGGGUCCUGCCUACUGAUUGGAAGCUAACCAACAUCAGUCCCAUACAUAAAGGGGGAAAGGGCCUCGCCAACUAGCUUCAGACCAGUGAGUCUCACAAGCAUUUGUUGCAAACUAAUUGAAAAAAUAGUGAAAAUGGAGCUGAUGACACAUAGCCCUUAUAAUUUAUUCGUAUUACCUUUCAUCAGUCUGCACGUUUUAUUUUAGCGCUAACUUUCGGACUGCAUUUUCCCAUGUAGUCUUCGUGCACUAUUAAACAGUUUACGUGUUGCUACUGCCGCCACAAAAGGCACAUUUUCGUAUUGGGUGCCUUUUAUUCAGCUAUGCCGCGGAAUCUUAUGCCCCCACGAGUGACGGAAACGCAUGUUGCAUAUGGUCGUGUGCCAGCCGAUUGGAAUUUAAAUACCGCAAAACUCUUCAGAGCUGUGAAACACGGGUAGCCGCAUCCACAUUUUACUACUUCUCAAGAGACUUAAAAAGUGUAAAAAAUCUGGUUGCUGAAGAACCUCAAAUAAUUCGAACUGCCGAUUCCCUUGGAAAUACGAUUCUACACUGGUCGUCCCGGUGGAAUUCACUUGAAUCUUUGAUAUACCUGCGAAAUCUGAAAGCCGACGGCGAAAUCCUUAAUUUUUUUGGGCAAAAGCCAAUUCACAUUUCUUGUUCUCACAGAAGUUUUGAAACAACACUUUCCUUGUUGCAAGCUGACGGAGAUGUUGUUGCCGUAGAUAGUGAACUAUGUACACCUUUACAUUACGGUACGUCUCGCUGCUAUCUUUUAGAUUCGACUGCUACAAACCGCAUUUCCAUUUUUGUUAUUUGGGCUAACUUUUGGGUGGGCACUUUAUAGUAUAAUAUUCAACUGCCAUGCUUGUGCUAUUUUACACGUGACGUCCGGCUUACAUUACCAAAAAACACAACACAGUUUAACCAUAUCCGUAAUUUUCUUUCCGGUCGUCUGUUUUGAUCGUUGUUAUUUACCUGCUAGCACCAGCCCCGUCUGGCCCCGCCUAGUCCCCGGGGCUAAAUUUAGAAGUGUCGUAGCAUGUAUUUUUUGAAGCUGGUCAUCUUUUCUUUUUUAUUCAUUUAAUUAUGACUCUACAACUUUAAACGCAACUUCUACUGUAAGAGAUCCCCAAAGCGCAAUCCCCUGCCAGCACCAGCCCGGAUAGUGCCCUCUGGCCGACGGCGAUGGCGGUGCUUAUGCCCGAGCUGGAAGGCGAUACUUGGAGCGGCUAUGGCGCUGCUUGGGACACUUUGACCUCUCGCGGCCCACUGACUGAAAAAAGCGCGCAGAGGGGUCUUAUCCUUUCACUCGUUUUUUGCCCUAUAUUGACUACUGAGAAUGUCGCCGAGCAUGAUAUACCCGCAAGCCAUGGGUAACGACGCAACUCCUAAAUGUGUUAAAGCAACGUCUACGAGGUCAUAACCUCGAUCUAUUCCGUUCACUUCCAACAGAAGGCGGUUGGUAUUUAGUGUUAAAAAAACACAGUUUUGUUGCCAAGAUGAUGAAUAUCGAUAUCGCGAAUGAAGAUAUAUACCGUUCAUGAAUGUUUCUGAUAACUGAGAAAGUGCGACACGGUCUGUGUACAUUAUGAACCUGUUGCUGCGCAGGUACUUCAAUACUUGACUUCUGUAAGCAAAUGAAACGUUUAAUUAGUUUACCGUGGCAUAAUUGUGAUUCGGGUUAGUAAUGCAUAGGUAAAUGUACUAGUUUAAACACCACGCAACACCUUCACCUACUGCAGAAAACGUUAUGCAUAGAUUAGUCAGUGGAAUAACGUGACUAUUGCAAUAAUAUGGGUAAGAAUGAAGUAAGCGGCAAUGAAACUAUUAAUGGCGCUUAUGUAAACUUAAUUACCGUAUCUCCUGAAGGUGACAGUGUUGGGCAGUCCAUAGCGUCAGUGGAACAACGUGGUAGCUGAAUUUUAGGAGUAAAUCAAAACAACUGUGUUACCUUCUGGGCAGUCUGCUAGCGUCUAGAUAUGCCUCCAUACCUGCCUCUGUCUCCACAAAGCCAGUCAAUGGCCGUUUUUUGGACAACCCCACAGUGCAGUUACAAAAGCUGCUGUUCUGCCGAAGGGUAUCUGUAUGUGUUUAAAACCGGUGAUAACGACAUACAGGGGACAGUCCACGAACGAUCCCUUACUAGUGGAUCCGUGCCAGCAGAAGUUAGGGCAUAACGGUGGACUAGGUAGAAUGGUCAGGAUAUUUCUAACUAACUCUCUUCGUCCGCCCUCCAAAAACAGACAACCGUUUCACGUAGAAAGCGCCAUUACCGUUUACAUAUGACCAUUAACGUACCGCUCCCUGUUUAAAAUGUCCUUGGAGGACGGCUGACCAACGAAAUUAUUGUACGCCUCGUCGGUACACAGGGCCAAUCAGGGAAAAAUGUUCUCUCUCUAGAAGAGACUUGCAUAGCCUGCUUAGCCUGCGCAGUCUGCAUUGUCUGCAGUGUGUCGGAAAAGGUUACCUUCAUUUUCUGCAUGUCGACAGUUCGACCAUCGAUUUCGAUUAUGUCCACCGUGUGCCCCACAGACUGCAUUGUGGAGCAGUGACGGUGACUUACGCAGGGGUUUAUAGUGCCAGUAGACUUGCGUAGCAUCUACCUACACUUUCGUCCUCCCCCGCCUGAGCCCGGUGUCAAGACAGAGUCAAGAAGACCGGAGAUGGGGUAGGCGGCAGGUGGAUGGCUCGGACGGAUCCUCGCCUUAGCGCUCCACUCCGCACCCCCUGGUCCACACACAAAUGACCAGGAUUUUGACCACAAAAACAAUGGGGUGGAGGCAGUGGUCCAGUUGUGCGACGAUUGCCGACAACAGGGUCUGCCAGCACACCCCGCAAAUGUUGGCAUUUGUUAUUGCGCACAGAUAACGCCUGCCAGAGUACGAUGUGGCCGCCGUAUUGGUCCAGCGCAUCUAACACGUGGCCCGUUUAGAGGGCACAACACACACACACACACAUACGACAGUUCGACCAUCGAUUUCGAUGAUGUCCACCGUGUGCCCCACAGCAGGUGGGAGCAGGGACGGUGACUUGCGCAGGGGUUUAUAGUGCCGGUAGACUUGCGCUGCAUCUACCUACACUCUCUCCUCCCCGCCUGGGCCCGGUGCCAAGACAGAGUCAAGAAGACUGGAGACGAGGGAGGCCGCAGGUGGAUGGCUCGGACGGAUCCUCACCUUGGCGUUCCACCACACCCCUUGGUCCACACAACAAAUGACCAGGAUUUCAAGCAACGCAACAGAGAUUUGGAGGCUGGCACGGCCGAAGCCGCACCUGGGCCGCACUGUUCAGCAACGUAUUCCAGCUUCGCCUAAACUAUCAUGAACGUGAACUACCGCAUGCCACUUCUGACCGAUUUUCUCACUUAAAGAAAUACUUAAACAUCAGCGACAGGCUUCCAUUGUUCCUAUUAUCUUAUUCCAUAGUGAAACACUUUAUUGGCACUGCAAUGUCAUAAGGAAAAAGCAUAUACGUGCAUGUCUCUUGACUUUAUCACAAUUAGAGGGGCAGAUUUUGUACGCUGUUACGUCAGAAUUUUAUACAUUCAAUAUUUGCAAGCAGUCCGCCAUUAUUUGAAGUUUAAACGCCAUUUAACUCGUUUUUAUGGAAGAAUGUUAAAAUCUUCAGCCACAACAGGUUUUGACUGGUAAUGUUCUUGCUCUUUUUACCGCCUGUCCACAUUUGUUUAAUAUGUUUAUCCUUCUAGGCAUGUUUUCCGAGUUACGCCUGAUAAUGUAAUCCGAAGCUGGUGAGCUCUUUUAUCCCAGGGUGUUUGAGUUUGCGAUAUUUUAGAAAAAAUAUCUUACGAUUCCUGCGGUAUCCCCUUUAACAUUCCUAAUGCAAUGAAAUAAACGCUGGACCGCACAGUUUUCAAUGGCAAAAAACCUGGGUUCGAACCUCGGUCUCUCUCAUACUUUCCAGCGCUCAUUAUCCAAAUGGGCACCUUCCAUACUAACGAAUUUCGUCUGUCUUCUAUUCUGAGUUCAUAUAGGAAGCUGGUCGCAUGGAUAAAAUGCUUUCCAGAAACCUGAGAGAACCAAUGACAGAGCGUGGGCCAAAUUGCGUAACUCAGCCAAGUAGCACUUCAUAUCUUUACUUAAAGCCUGCGAACAACAUAAACUAACGUCGAAAAAAGCCACUAUCUGCAAGAACGUAAAAAGUAUGUUUUUAUAUUACCAUAGAAAGAGCGAGUGAACUUCUAGAGGCACUAUUUGGCUACAAGACUGUGGAAUUAGAUUAUGAGGCUAGUUGUUUGGCUGUGGGCAUGCCCACGGAUCAGGUAGAGGAUGGAACCCGGUUUUGCCCGUCUAUAACAGCUUCACUUUAAAGCUGUCGCUUGAACAUCUUUCUGCACUCAUGCGACACCGCUUAGAACGUCCGCUUUUUACGCCCUCGGCAAUGUGCGAUCGUUGAUUUAAUUCGCUCCGUGGCGUUUGGUUUGUGUUGUGAAGAAGUACGUUAAAAUUGCUAAACUUCGAAUGUUUUAUCUUCACACUUACUCUGAGACUCGUCAUAUAAUCUGGGCAGUUGCCGUAACUAAAUUUCUUUUUUACAAACUUGUUCUUUCCGAACAACACAGUUUAUGUUCUCAGUGUUGAAAUGUCAGUAAGUUGAAACUGAUCCAUAUGUACUAUUUGUGUAAUGACCAUCAUGCAAACCCCUGUGAAACGUCAACGCGAAUAAACAUUGCCGGUAGCCAAGCUCAACAAACUCGUACGUGAAUGGGUCUGUACGAACUAAGGCAUCUUAAUAAGUGUUAAAAGGUAUCCGAUGACUAGCUACGUCGGCGAUCUCAGGGAAGAUUGCAUCAGUGCACGUCAAAUUUCCCGUUACCCCUUGCCACUGUAGAGAGGAACUUUGUAUGAGAUUGCAGCUCAAUAAUUUCUGAUAGGUACUACAGAAAUAUCGGAAAGACGAUGAAGGGAAGGCGUAGCGCGACCUAAUUCGUUGUUGGUCUAUUUCAAAACUACAUUUUGAGUUGGCGUUUUCGUAAACACUGAAAUGACCUAUCCACAUUUACAUAUCAGUGUGUGUGGUCCCAUGAGACGUCGGUGAACCUAAACGCUCUUUCAAUAUUCUGUCCUAGGAAUUUGUCUUCAUAAAACUUGAUGUCUGGCUGAUGCGUUUCGUUUUCUCUGAUUAUCUUAAGCUGCCAAAGCUGGGGACGCAGAAUCAGCACUUAUCCUUUUGCUUUAUGAAGCCGAUGCCACUGCGCUAGAUUUUCGCCAGCGCACUGCUCUGCACUUUGCAGCAUCUUCAGGUAAUUUCGCUUUAAUAUUUAGUCGUUUAAUUAUUUCUCCUACUCAUAGUUGCCUACUUUGCUUAUGUGACGGAGUUUGCUUUGUAUAGUACAAGGUGAAACGAUGACAUAACUCGUUUGUUUUUCAAUUGGCAGACUUCAUUUUUGAGGCUCGCAAUUCUGCGAUUACCCCUAUUAUUUCAUUCGCCGCUGAGAUUUCUUAAGAAAUAGUCCUGAUGAUUUUGAAAUAGUACCAAAAGGGAGUUUUUGACCUGUCUUAGCCAUUAUCCUGCCGUUUAUUAUGAUGCUAUAAAAUAUGACCCAUUGAAAAUUGCCAGCAUUCCCCUGUAUAUUAUAUGUCCUACUUUUUCCUUUAGUUUUCAUAAAAAUGUCCAAAAAGUAGUUAUUUCCGGUAUAUUUCUCAUUUAAUUACCUGAAGAUCAAAUAGAUCUUAAGCCUAACGCCCAUAUUCAUGCAGUUUAGCCUUUUACAUUCUCUUGCAAAAGGUAAUGCGAAUCUUUGCAGUCUCCUCCUUCGCUUUUAUCCGCCGGCAUUUUCGUUUCGAGAUGGACGAGGCAACACACCUCUCCAUCUGGCCUGUUUUAAUGGCAAAUUGUCAACCGCCUCGGCGAUGCUUCACGGCAUUUUUCGAUCCUCCGUUGGCUUUCACCUGAGAACGGACUGUCAGCGUCUUGAACAUUAUAUGUAUCCACACGCUGUUACCUUGGACGAUAGGAACAAUGAGGGAGACAGUGCCGAAGACUUGGCAGCGUGCUCCGGCUACUACGAACUAGCCGAAGUGGUACGCUACUAUAAACAUAGGUACCAUGUUGGACAAGAUGUAG